UAGGGAGAAACUGUCAUAACUGUACUUAGUGGUGGAUCCUGGAGCAGCUCCCCCUGAGGAAGACACUGUGGAGCUCCCAUACUCUGAAGCCACGGGAAGAAUUCGAGAAUGUUUCUCGACCUAAUGUAAGUUCCCUACAUAUGAAAGUAUUGUACUGGCAUUUGUUUAGGUACAUCUGUGCUCAGCCCCAGCUUGAUGGUUUUUCAGACAUGACUCCGCAUGACGUCCCUCCUUCCAGGAUGACUCUGUUUGCUUACCCAUGUGCUCUCUGCUGCUUGACAUGCUGUUGACUAGGACCUCUGUUUUUGCAGUUCUGGCUCAGAGCCAGCAUAUUUCCAUCUGAAGCUUCAUGAUCCUGGUAUUGAUACCUAUCUACUUAUGUGUGUCUCACUUCUAGCAAAGGUUUUAGGUGUAUCUUGUAGCUCUUUUAGAGAAAAACACAGUGCAGCGGCAUUUACGUCUCACGCAUGUGCUUGUCACUAUCCGAAAGAUCUUACUUCCCCAGUCCUUCAGGCAAACGGAGGCAAAGGAGUGGCUGAGCAGGGUCACAGUGAGGAAGCUAUCAGGCAUCAAGACAAGUUGGCAGAUAAAUCAUCCGAGACAAGAGCAAAGGAUUAAAGCCAAUAACUAGUCAAGCCAUCUUUCCAUGUGGUGAAGAGCUGGACGGGACUGUGCCCUGGGGAAUUACUGAAGAAUUGCAGUCUUUGCUGAACAUUAGCAGGAUGAAAAUUAAAUCCAGAACAAGGAUUCAGAGAAUGAUGAGUCAGCUGACGGGGACAUUUUUGUUACACAGAAGAGCGUCUGGCUGCCAGAGUGAUGAGCACCCCGAUGGAAAGGCAUCGUUCUUAAUCUUCUAGCUUCAUUAACAACAAUUUGUUAAACCUGAGCAGGUCCAGUUGUAGGAGAAAACCUCAGCUGAGCUGCUAGAAACACUUGGAUGACUGGAGUUCAAGAUAUUUGGUUCAUGCUCUUACCCUGAAGUGGAGGAAGUAAGUACAAGAAAUUUGUCUAGUUCAGUUAAAGGAGCUGUUGUACUGAACUCUGCUUUGAAAAACUGGGAAGCCUCUUCUGUGUAGAAUUGAAAUAGACAUUUGACAGUUGUCUUGAAUAAAAAUUGAGGCAAAAAUGUCCGUCAUAGAUCCUUAUCAACACAUUGUGGUGGAACACCAGUAUUCACACAUAUUCACUGUGACAGUAAGGAAAGCCACAAAUGUUACAAAAGGAGCGAUUGGUGACAUGCUUGACACUCCAGACCCGUAUGUGGAGCUGUUCAUCCCAUCUGCCCCUGAUUGCAGGAAGAGAACGAAGCAUUUCAAUAACAAUGUGAAUCCUGUGUGGAAUGAGACCUUCGAGUUCAUUUUGGACCCCAACCAAGAGAAUGUUCUUGAGGUUACUUUGAUGGAUGCCAACUACGUUAUGGAUGAGACUCUUGGCACAUCCACAUUUCCUAUAUCUUCUCUGAAGCUGGGAGAGAAGAAGGAGGUCCAGCUAACUUUCAAUGAUGUCACAGAAAUGACUUUGGAAUUGUCUCUUGAAGUAUGCUCUUCAACUGAUCUCCGGUUCAGCAUGGCUCUGUGUGAUGAGGAGAAGAAAUUUCGGCAACAGAGAAAAGAUAACAUCAUGCACAGUAUGAAAUCGUUUCUAGGAGAGGAAGACAGCAAGAACUUGACCACUUCCCGUGAUGUACCAGUGAUAGCAAUAUUGGGUUCAGGAGGUGGAUUUCGUGCCAUGGUAGGGUUUGCCGGAGUCAUGAAAGCACUUUAUGAAUCAGGAAUUUUAGACUGUGCGACUUACAUUGCUGGUCUCUCAGGAUCCACAUGGUACAUGUCAACUUUGUAUUCACACCCGGAUUUUCCAGAAAAAGGACCAAAGGAGAUUAAUCAAGAAUUGAUGAACUCCGUGAGUCACAACCCACUUCUGCUGCUCACUCCUCAGAAAGUCAAACGCUACAUUGAAGCACUAUGGAAUAAGAAGAGCUCAGGGCAGCCUGUCACCUUCACAGAUAUCUUUGGAAUGCUAAUAGGCGAAACACUUAUCCACAAUAGAAUGGACACCACUUUGAGCAACAUGAAAGACAAAAUCAACAACGCACAGUGUGCUCUCCCACUCUUUACAUGUCUCCACGUCAAACCAGAUGUCUCAGAGCUGAUGUUUGCAGACUGGGUGGAAUUCAGUCCCUAUGAGAUCGGUAUGGCAAAGUAUGGCACUUUUAUGUCUCCUGAUUUGUUUGGAAGCAAAUUUUUUAUGGGGACAGUGGUGAAGAAGUAUAAUGAAAAUCCCUUGCAUUUCUUGAUGGGUGUCUGGGGCAGUGCGUUUUCUAUAUUAUUUAACAGAGUGCUUGGCGUCUCCAAUUCUCAAAAUAAAGGUCCCACCAUGGAAGAAGAAUUAGAAAAUAUUAGGCUAAAGCACCUUGUAAGCAAUGAUAGUUCAGACAGCGAAGAUGAAUCACAGCAUCCAAAAGGCACUGAAAAUGCUGAGGCAAAUCAGGAAUAUCAGAACAGCAGCCAAGAAAGCUGGGUGCAGCGAAUGCUGAUGGCUUUGGUGGGUGAUAGUGCCCUUUUCAACACCAGGGAAGGGCGUGCCGGGAAAGUGCACAACUUCAUGCUGGGAUUGAACCUCAACAGCUGUUACCCGCUCUCUCCUCUGGCAGACCUCCUCACUCAGGAGUCCGUGGAGGAAGACGAACUAGAUGCGGCCGUUGCAGAUCCAGAUGAGUUUGAGAGGAUAUAUGAGCCACUAGAUGUGAAGAGCAAAAAGAUUCAUAUAGUGGACAGUGGGCUUACGUUUAACCUGCCAUACCCACUUAUCUUAAGACCUCAAAGAGGCGUUGAUCUCAUCAUCUCUUUCGAUUUUUCAGCGAGGCCAAGUGAUUCCAGUCCUCCUUUCAAAGAAAUUUUGCUUGCUGAAAAAUGGGCCAAAAUGAACAAGCUCCCUUUCCCAAAAAUAGACCCAAAUGUAUUUGAUCGAGAGGGCAUGAAGGAGUGCUAUGUUUUCAAACCAAAGGAUACCUCUUCAGAGAAAGACUGUCCAACUAUAAUCCAUUUUGUUUUGGCCAACAUCAACUUCCGGAAGUACAAAGCUCCAGGCGUUCCAAGAGAAACACAGGAAGAGAAGGAUUUUGCAGACUUUGACAUUUUUGAUGAUCCGAAUACACCGUUCUCCACCUUCAACUUCCAGUAUCCCAAUGAAGCUUUCAAGAGGCUUCAUGAUCUCAUGGAGUUCAACACCCUCAAUAACAUAGAUGUGAUCAAGCAAGCUAUGAUGGAAAGCAUUGAAUACAGGAAACAGAACCCAUCUCGCUGCUCCGUGUCUCUUAGCAGUGUUGAAGCAAGCAGAUUCUUUAAUAAGAACAAUCUUAACAACAACCAUACGUAGAGGAUGUGUCAUAGGUCCCACUCCUUCAAGAAGCUGUUUCUGUCUUUAUAACUGGAGUCAAAAAAACAUCAUCAGAGCGUCACGCUCCUGAACAGGAUUGUGCAAAACUCCUGAAAACAUUUUCUUGUGAAUUUUCAAGUUUCAAUAUGAUUUUGUACUUUUUUAAAAACUAAAAACAUUGAAAACAUUUCAGUAUGCUGAUAUCCUUAUUUUAAAAACUAUUGAAUUAGUUUAUUUUGAGUAUGGUCAUUGGGUUCAGUGGUGUGGUUUUUUCCUUACAAAAUUGUAAACACUGGUUUCUUGUAGCGGGGCAAUUGUCUGAUAUGUAAUCAAUGUAAGCUGGGCGUAUCUUGAAACAUAAGAUGGAAUUAGAAACACAGUAGUCUAAAGCUUUAGUAACAGAGACAGUGUAUGUAUACCUGGGCUUGGGCCCAGAUUCCACUCUGCUUUGUAUCAAUGACCUCUGACUUUGGUUUGAGAAGUCGGUAAUUGCUAAGCUGUGCCAGGCAACAGCAGCUCCCGCGUACGCCGAGUCACUUGGCGGCUUGCUCGCUGUGUUAAGGUCGGUUUCUUCUCCUGGAAGGGGCUUUGCUCGCUCAUAACCCCUGGCCACGCUGGCCUAACCCCAUCAUCAAGCUGUCUUUCAAAUUUCACUUUUCUUGCAUGAGUGGUGUCCCUUAAAAAAAAAACCAACAAACUUUGGAUGUCAAAAAAAUGGAGUCUAUGCAUCUUAGAUAUUGGAAAUGGGAUCCUCAGCUGUUUGUUAAUGCUAGUAGAGCUUUUGCACCUGAUGCAAAGAAGGAUCCGCUCUUUAAUCUUUUCAUCACAAAUAUUUUCACAAAAAUUGAAGCCCGCUUUACUGCUGUUUAAGAAUGCAUUUAUCCACUCAGCAGAGCAUCCAACCUCUUACAUUUUCUUUUUGUCUUUUGUUCCACAAAAUUACAUUGCUUGAAUCCUUGAGCUAGUAGCACCUGUGUGUUAAGUUAUUGUUAGUUCAUGUAUUUCUGACCAAAAUGUUUAAAGUAAAAGUGAUUUUGCAUUUGAUCAUGAUUAAAAAAAGCAUUACAUUUCUGCAAAGGGACAGUGGCAAUGUUUACUGGGGACAGAUAACGCAUUCCUCGGUAAGAAUGUGAAGUAGUUCCACGUGUUAAGGGCUCAUCUUAAAAAUCCAUUUUUAGUAUGCCGAAUGAUGAAAGACCGUGCGUGGACAUAGAUUGUUUCAGUACCAUCUCAACAAGUGCUGAGGAAGCUCUGCAAAAGCAUAGAAAAUAGCAGUUGCACCUCCGAAAACUUCCGACCUCCUUUGAAAUACGGUAAUCGGACAGAGCAGAAGGAGCUGCCUUGGCCCCCGAUGGCCUGGCGCUGCGGGACCCCGGCGUCACGCCUGCGGGGCGCUUGGCUGGCUCCUGCCCUUGUCACGAACUUUGUGGGAAGAAGGUGGUAGGGGCCGCGCAGUUCAGUGCGGGGCGAGAUUGCCGCCCCUGAGUUAAUGCGGAACAACGCAGGACGGUGUCUGCAGAGGUGAGAGGGGGAAAAGGCAUCCCCGGCUGCCCCGCGGGUUGCUUGUCCGAGACGAAAAGCACAACCCCUUUGGCGAGGCGCGUCGUCGCGGCGAAAACAAAGCGCGCUGCAAGCAGGAGUGCUUGUGGGUUUCUCUGCAAGGGCUGUAAGCGGAAUGGCAAUCUCGGGAUCGCUGUUGGCGGCGGUUGGGUUGGGAUUUCACCCGCUCGUGCCGCUGGGGCUGCCAGACCCCGGCCCCGGCACUGGUCCUGGCCGCAGUGAGUGCCGCCGCUCCCCGCGCAGCCCGUUCGAAGCGCAGCGGAUCUUGGGCUCGAUAGUUCUCUGACAAACAAUUCUUACGACAGCUGCUCGUUUGUCAGAGUUUAUUGCUAAUUUGGUGGCUGUUGCUUUUAUUGGGAAUUAUUGAGCUGGUUUUAAUUGCUAAAUUCUGUAAGCCCGUGGGAAGGAAAGUAAUUAUAAUGCAUUUCUUUUAGCAGCCGCUGCAUCAUCCCUCCUUAAAUCUCCAUGCAAUGUUACGUGAUUAAUAACGUUUUCUGUAUUGAUUAAUAGGUUUUAUUUCUGCUUGAGUUAGUGCAUGUUUAAAAUCAAGAGAGAAAAUAAAAGUAACUUAUAUAAGUGCUUCAUAAUUUAAACAUUUUCAAUAAAUUUUGGAAUACAGGAAGAAACUGGCACCAUUAUUUUAUUGUAAUAUUUGCUUUUUAAUGUUUUUCUUCCCCCUAUUGUAACAUAGUAUUUGUAUUUUUUAUUUUAUAGUAUGUACCUAUUCUUGUUUCGUGGAAUUUUUUUAUCAUGCAUUAUACAGUUUUUAUUAUCACAGUGUUAUCAGACAAUAAAAGUUAAUUAUAUUUGGCA